GACCAUUAACAGACCUGAAAAAAAGCAUCUAACAUUUCGACAGGCUUAGGCAACUACAGCUGAAUUCAGACAGUUCCACUUAUCUGAUGUUAUGGAUUUGCAGUAUAUUGAGAAAGUUGUUGGGUCUCUACAUGAGGGAAUAGUCUCUAUCUGUAACAUCUCCAAGUCUCUCUUGGAUGCAGAACUUGAUCCCACCACUGGCAUGUGCUGUAAUAAUGAACAAAUCAGGAAGCAUAUUGAGCAUGCUGAGCAGUGCCUGAAAAAAUCAGAAACAAUGAUUAAGGAAAAACUAAAAUAUUUAGACGAAUGCAUGGAGCGACUUAUUAAAGAAAAAGGAAAUGCUGAGCAGCAGAACAAAGAAAAAUGCAAAGCAAUGGGUGAAUUCGACAUUGAGAAGAAAUCUGCUGAAGAAUCAUUAAAUAAUUCUAAAGCAGCUUUGGAACAGGCUAAAAAAAUGGUAGUAUUAACACAAGAUGAACUUCAAAGACAGAGAGCUAGACAGAACACUGGUACAGGUGUAACAAUUGGAGGGGCGGUAGUGGCUGCAAUACCAAUUAUCGGAUGGAUUCCUGGUAUAAUAAUGAUGUCUGUGGGAGCCAGCGAAAUUGUUAAGGCUUCAAACGCUAUCAGGGAUGCUGAAAAUGAGCUAAAAAAACAGGAGUCCCAGUUGAAUGAGAACAGCAUGAAGGUGUCUGAUUACCAAUCCAAGAUCGCUAACAUACAGAAUGAGACUGAAGAGACAGUUAAGUUGCUAAAUAAACUGGAGAAGGAAAUUGAAGAUUUGAAGCAGCAUCUACAGUUCACAGCUGAACUUCAGGAAACGGUCAGGCGAGCUGUGAACCUUCUGACUCUUCUUAGUGGAAGAGCCACUGUAUUGGAGAAACAAACCCAGAGCUUCAUCCUCUGGGAGCCUGUGAUAAAGGCCAUGAAAGAUGUGAUGAAGGCAGCAGAAAAUGUUGCAGAGAAUCGUCUCCUUUAUAGUCAGAGUUUACCAGGCCUCAUAAAUACUUUGAGGGAGAAUGUUGGAGAAAUACUGGCUUUAUGCAGCUCUCCCAAUAAUUCUGAACAUGAACGCUAUUGCUAAUCAUCAUCUAAUUAAUAUCUAAACCACCUUGCAUAUGCAAGAGGGGCAAGAAACAAAUAAUGACAAUGAGACAUUAAAAAUACAAAACAUGAGAUAUUUCAUAUAAAAGCAUGACAUA